AUGGAAAAACAAAGGCACUCCCGAUCGUUCACAAUCGCGGGCCAUGACUUUAGUCGAAUCGAUCCGGAAGCCCAAAGAAUAGGGAGGAAAAGAUCCCUCGUUCGGAGAGAGCGUUCGCUUAGAUACUCACGAGAGAUCUCCUUGUCCAGAUCUCGCUCCCAUAGAGCCAUUGGACACUUACGGAGAAAUCGUUCUGAGCCAGGCCCCAAAUUCCCCAGAUCCCAGUCAACUCGGAUCUUUAGGCGCCCGCGAAGCACUCAAGAUUCACAACCCAAUACCUCCAAAACCCCCCUGCUAUAUAUCCCACCAUUUUCCCAGAUUGCAGAUCCACCCUCAGAACCAGUCGAGCUGGAAAUGUUUUCCCAGCAGCCGUCAAAACAUACUAGUCCUGCUCUGCCCCCAGUGAAAAGACUGGAAUCAGACCCUCCAAUGUUCUCAUUCUGGAGACUUUAUUGCUACGCUAUAACAAUAUGGGCACCACCUCCUUUGCUUUCCUUAUUUGGAUUCAAAACAAAAGAGAGGCAGUACGCCUGGAGAGAGAAAAUGGCAUUGAUCUCGAUCAUUGUGUGCACGGGUGUAAUCAUCGCAUUUCUAACAUUUGGAUUCACAAGAACUACUUGCACGGGGAUCCGAAUGAGAUUGAAACCCUCAGAUAUAUCAACUGGUUACCUGGUGAUCAACGGACGAGCAUACUUGCUAGAUCACUCAUCACACCCUGCAGCUCCAGGAAUUGAAGCAGGAACAAACAUAUUGUAUCCUCCCGUCAACGCGGGAGGAAAAGAUGCGAGCUUCCUUUUUCAAAACGUCAACGGAAACUGCAAAGGAUUGAUUAACCCGCGUCCAAACUGUACUAUACCGCACACAGAUGAUGAAUUGGCUUGGUACAUGCCUUGCAAGAUGAUAAAUCUUGACGGAUCUUCUGUUCCAAAUUUCACCCAAUCGCACUAUAACGGUUACGCAUGUCACACAUCUGACAAAGCAAGAAAUACUUUCUACAGUUUAGAUAUCCAGGGUGACGUCUAUUUCACCUGGGAAUCUAUAACUGACGGUACUCGAAACUUGGUUGUCUACAAUGGAUAUGUGCUUGAUAUGGAUCUUUUGAACUGGCUCCAAAAAGAUGACCUGGAAUAUCCUGAAAUGUUUGACAAACUGCAACAUGACCCAGCCAUGAAAGGGCAUGAUCUUUCUUUACUUCUCACUGAGCCACAUGAACGUCAGGCCGCUAACUGCCUUGUUGAAAUCAUCAAGGUGGGUGUUGUUGAUGUGGACACAAUUGGAUGCAUUGCUGCUACCAUAGUUCUAUAUGUUUCCUUGGUGUUUGUCUUAUCUAUCGUCUUCAUCAAGUUCAUUGUUGCAUGCUACUUCAAGUGGUUCAUUGCCAGGAAACAAGGUGUUUCCUCAUCCAUUAUCAAAGAUUUUUCCCAGCUGGAAAGCUCUGACAAGGUCUGGGAAAACGAGCCUAAGUCAACUUCUCUGUCCAAUAGUGGCAAAAUAACCACUAACCAGCUGACCAGGAACCUGAAGGCCAGCGGUCUAAUGUUUCCAUGGGUUCACAACAAAUCUGCAAUUAUUGAGACGAACUUGCAGUCUGAGCUCCCUCCGGAUUACAAGCCAGAGUUUCUCACCAUGACAACAGAGGCUUUCCUUUUGAAAAAUAGGCAAAAGAGGAAUAACAGAGUACAAUCGAAGCAAUCACUACAAGAUCAGUUCAGCCCUGAGUCAGUUGAAAUUGCUAGUCCAUCGCAUGGGGCAGCUGAAGAUUGUGAUAUACAUACGCUUGGAUCUGAUCUGAUAUGUUCGGACGCAGUUCCUCAACCUCCUGUUAAUUGGGAGCCAUUCGGCUAUCCGCUUGUCCACACAAUGUGUUUAGUGACUUGUUACUCGGAGGACGAAGAUGGUAUCAGAACAACUCUUGACUCACUUGCUACCACGGAUUAUCCGAACUCUCAUAAGCUCGUUGUGGUGAUCUGUGAUGGCAUAAUCACCGGAGCAGGUAACAAGAAGUCAACACCUGAUAUUUGUCUCGAACUAAUGACCGAUUUCGUUGUCCCAAAAGAAGACGUUGUGCCAUAUUCCUACGUUUCCGUGGCACAAGGAUCAAAACGGCAUAACAUGGCAAAAGUCUAUUCCGGAUUCUACAAAUAUAGCUCCUCCACUGUUCCACCAGAGAAGCAACAGAAAACUCCAGUCUUGCUUGUCGUCAAGUGCGGAACACCGUCAGAAUCUAAUGAUCCGAAGCCUGGAAACAGAGGUAAAAGAGACUCGCAAAUCAUUUUGAUGUCCUUCUUGCAGAAAGUGACUUUCAAUGAUCGAAUGACUGAGUUAGAAUUUGAAAUGAUGCGUGCCAUUUGGCAAGUCACUGGACUGAUGGCAUCGUAUUAUGAAGUUGUUCUUAUGGUUGACGCAGACACUUUGGUUUAUGCGGACUCUCUGACACACAUGAAUGCAGAAAUGGUCAGAAACCCCGAUGUCAUGGGUCUUUGUGGAGAAACUCGAAUAUCGAAUAAGGCACAAUCGUGGGUCACAGCUAUCCAAGUGUUUGAGUACUACAUUUCGCAUCACCAAUCCAAGGCCUUUGAGUCCGUUUUCGGUACUGUUACGUGUCUUCCUGGUUGCUUCUGCAUGUACAGAAUCAAAACACCCAAAGACCUCAACGUCUGGGUCCCAAUCUUGGCCAAUUCAGACAUUGUGGAAAAGUAUUCGGAGAAUGUGCUCGACAGUUUGCACAAGAAGAACCUUCUGUUGCUUGGUGAAGAUAGAUACCUCUCAUCGUUAAUGCUUCGAACAUUCCCCCGUCGGAAACAAGUGUUUGUUGCCAAGGCAGCUUGCAAGACUGUGGUUCCUGAUAAAUUUGCCGUGCUCUUGUCCCAGAGAAGAAGAUGGAUCAAUUCCACAGUGCACAAUUUAAUGGAGCUGGUUCUAGUGAAAGACUUGUGUGGAACAUUCUGUUUCUCAAUGAACUUCAUCAUUGCGGUUGAAUUGGUGGGAACGCUGGUUUUGCCGGCAUCGAUCACAUUUACCCUGUACAUUAUUGUGAUAGCCAUGGUGUCAAAGCCAACGCCGGUGAUGUCGCUGAUUCUGAUGGCGAUCAUAUUCGGUUUACCAGGACUUCUCAUAAUAGUGACGAUUUCAGACCUGACAUAUGUUUUAUGGAUGUUUGUCUAUUUCCUGUCGCUGCCUGUUUGGAACUUUGUGCUCCCAGCGUAUGCAUUUUGGAAGUUUGAUGAUUUCAGCUGGGGGGAUACUAGAAAGCUUCAAGGAGGAGACAAGGGCUCGCACGAUAACAAAAGUGGUGAAUUCGAUGGAUCAUCGAUUGUACAAAUGACAUGGCGUGAGUUCGAAAGAGUGAGACUGGGGCUCCAAGCGAAACAUACCAUUCCGACAAUAUAUAACGCUGUGAAUCUGCAGGACAGUUUCACAGCUCUGAGCCCGCCAAACAACGGAUUUCAGGAUAGUUCCUUGUUGGAGCUGAGCGGCAGUCCGCGUGAUGCAACGACACAAACAACGCAAACCAACGCAUCGUACACCACCGCACCUUCAACCUGA